AUGGUCAAGCCACUCUCCUUCAAAGGCGACAAAAAGGUCAAAAAGAGAAAACGCGAAGCCAAAGACGCCGAAGACGAGAAUGACGCGCCACCAUCCAAGUCCGUGAUUCCCGCCAACGCCCCUGCGGCUCCGCAAGAUGAUGAGAAUUGGGUGUCGGCGGACGGCAUAGACGAUAUCGCCGGCCCAGUCGUACUCGUCUUGCCCUCGAAGACAGUCUCCUGUAUAGCUUGCGAUCAAUUCGGGAAAGUUUUCACAAGCGAGAUUGAGAAUUUGAUCGAAAACGAGCCUUCCACCGCGGAACCACAUGAUGUGAGGCAGGUGUGGAUCAGCCAGAAGAUCGUUGGCACAAGCAAUAAAUUCACCUUCAAGGGACACCAUGGGAAGUACCUGGCUUGCGACAAGUACGGCUUGCUCUCCUCUACGCGAGAAGCUGUGAGUCCCGAGGAGACGUUCACGCUCACCGCUUCGGAAGCUGUUCCCGCCACUUUCGACAUCGGCGCAUAUGAGAGGUUUGUCUCCGUCGAUGAGGAUGGAGAAGUGAGAGGCGAUGCGGAGACGGCGUCAGAGAAGAGUGCGGUGAGCAUCCGCAUGCAGGCGAGGUUUAAGCCUAAGCAUAAAGAGGAAAAGAAGGAGAAGGUACGCGCCAAGAUCAGUAGGAAAGAAUUGGAGGCUGAGGUGGGACGGCGAUUGGAGGACGACGAGGUGAAGAGGUUGAAAAAGGCGAGACGGGAGGGGAAUUAUCAUGAGGAGAUGCUUGAUGUCAAGGCAAAAGGGAAGCAUGAUAAAUAUGCUUGA